UAAGUUUAUUUGCAGUUGGUGAACACAAGAUGACAGACGUAAUUUUAGUUCUUUUGUCUAUGGCUCAAAAGCCACAAAUUUCCCCAAAAAGUAGCCCGUUGGAUUAUUGUCUAGAUUCAAAGUCUCUUAAUAUUUCUAGUGACGACUCGAUCAAUAAGUACAUAAUAUCAAAUUCAACUCAAAACUGGUUCGGUGCGGUCGAUUGCUGCAACCACCACGGGAUGCGACUGGCAACGGUCAACGACGAGACGGAACAUGCCAGUCUGAACCAAGCUGCUGAAUCUUCAGCCGUUUUCAACGCAACCGGAAGCAAUUUUUGGAUUGGGGCAAGCGAUCUGGCCGCCGGAAAUGGCGUUCACGUCUGGCAGGCCACCGGCCAGAGCAUGAACUUCUCAAAGUGGCUGGAUAACAAGUCCCAGGAUGCGGCUAAACAUUGCGUCGAGUUGAACUACGAUCCUGCCGCGCAGACGUGGCACUGGAACUGGAAGCUGGAGGAUUGUGAGCGGAAGCUGUACUUUGCUUGUGAAAUGGUUGUCAAAAUGUUUACGGCGGAUUUGGUUAAAGUUUAUUGAAAAAGGAAAGAAGUUUGCAGAUUAGCUAAGAAAAUGAUUUGUUUUAUUUUGUCACUUUCUCAAACCACGUGACAAUCUUUAAAAUCUUAAAAUAAAUUAUUUUAAUUUAAUAAACAGAA